AUGGCUGCUGUCUCGCGCGCGUGCCGGAUCCGAAAUCCGGCAUUGUUUGUCUGCGACAUCCAGGAGAAAUUCCGCAGCGGAAUCUAUGAGUUCCCCAAGAUGGUCGCAACGACGGACAAAAUGCUCCGCGCCGCAUCUGCUCUUCAGAUCCCGGUAUUUGCAACAACUCAAAACCGCGCAAAGCUCGGUAACACGGUCGCCGAGCUCCAACGCCAUCUCAGCGGGCCGCACAUCCGCGCGGACGCGGACAAGACACUCUUCUCAAUGAUCACUCCCGAAAUCGACGCUCUCCUCCCGGCCAAGAACAGUCCCAAACUGGACGCUAUCAUCGUCGGCAUUGAGACGCACAUCUGCGUCACGCAGACGACUCUCGAUCUGCUGGAACGCGGGCACAGGGUUUAUGUCCUGGUGGAUGCGGUUAGCAGUAUCAAUCCCGAGGAAAGAGGCGUCGCUCUCGCUCGACUGAGGGACGCGGGCGCGGUUGUGACGAGUAGUGAGAGUGUGCUGUUUGAGAUUUUGGGGGAUGCGCAGCAUGAGCAAUUCCGGACUGUGAGUGGGCUGGUGAAGGAGACCAAGGAGGACACCAAGUCUGCGCUGGGUGUUUUUUCGAAGAUCUGA